AUGAGUUCUUUUCGUCGCCAACAGUCGGAUGAUAUAAGAGUAGUCGUUGGGAUUGAUUUUGGGACAACAAACAGCGGUUUCGCUUAUGCACAUAAGAUUUCUCGAGAAAUUGAGACGAAUACGCAAUGGCCCGGGAAAGAACCUUCCUUCAAAACAGAUACUGUAUUGUUAUAUAAUAGUGAUUGUACCGAAGUAUUAAAUUGGGGUGCACCCGCAUUCAAAUUAUUUCUCGAUGAUAAUGCAUCAAAUAAAUCAAACAGGCUAUGUUUACCACGAGGUUUAGAUUAUAGAAAGGCUAUUUGUGAUUAUUUAAUUAAAAUGAAAGGAGUCAUAAAAGAAACACUUGAUAAGCGUUGGCCAGGCCUUAAAUUAUCACAAGUACAAUUUGUUUUAUGUGUGCCUGCGGAAUGGGGACCACAUACUAAAGCCAUAAUGCGCGACUGCGCAUACAGAGCUGGAUUAUUAGACGAAUCCAUCGAAUCACACUUAGAGUUUACGACAGAACCGGAAGCGGCAGCGAUUCACUGCUUAUCAGUUAUUAAGGAACACAAAUUAAAGGAAGGAGAUACAUUUCUCGUCGUUGAUUGCGGUGGUGGAACA